AUAUCUUCUAAUGGCACCAAUGUUGAAACUUGAGGGACUCAUUGCAGCGACAGUGACUCCAUUCCUUGAAGAUGGAGAAUUAAACUUGUCUGUUAUUGAAAAGUAUGUCGACUUUUUGGUAAAUCAARAUGUGCUUGGAGUUUUUGUUGCUGGUUGUACAGGAGAAGGUCUCACCAUGACAGUCAAGGAAAGAAAACUUUUAGCAGAAAAAUGGAUGGAAGUAGGGAGAAGCAAAUUAAAGUAUAUCAUUAUUCAAGUGGGAACCGCUAAYCUUAAAGACACAAAAGAGCUGGCUAAACAUGCAGAAAGUAUAGGUUGCGAUGCCAUAGCUACUGUACCAACACUCUUCCCAAAGCCUUCAAACGUAGAGUGUCUAACAAGAUAUGUUAAAGAGGUCUCUCUUGCUGCUCCGUGCACUCCAAUCAUGUAUUAUCACAUACCAACCCUCNUUUAUUUAGUUAGGAUUGAAGAUUUCCUGGGUCAAGCACAUAGAGAAAUUCCUAAUUUUCUUGGAGUAAAAUUCUCCAGUCCUGAUACUUUUGACUUAAGGAGAUCCAUGGUAGCGGAAGGAGGGAAAUUUCAAAUGAUAGAUGGAAGAGAUGAAUUACGAUUGACAGGUCUUUCUUUGGGAGUCAAGAGCGCAAUUGGAUCGACUUACAAUUACAUGGGAAAAGUGUACAAUAGAAUGACUGAGUAUUUUAACAAAGGAGACAUGAAGAAGGCACUUCUAGAACAGUUCUCAGAAAAAACAUCAGGUGAUUGCAGUGUGUCUAUCAACUAA